AGAUCUCCAAAUUUCUCGUAUAUAUCAUGCGUGCCUAUGACAAUUUAAAAACAUGGCUACCAUGUGAGAAAAUGAAUUGGUUCGUACGUUGUAAACAAGCUUACAUUUGAUUUGUCACAGUAGCGGUGUUUUGCAUUGUCGAUUAUACAAAUUGCCGAUUGACAACUGCGUUUCCAAUGUGCUGGAGCUAGAUCGGGGGAUUCAACCAGUACGCCGAAGUAAAUCGCGGGAGUGAAAGCCCUGCUAAUAGCACUCGCAACAGCACCGAUUCUGUGUUUUCUACUAAGUGAUUAAUACUCUGUGUUCUCUCCAUCCGAGUGGAUGAAGUGGAAGAAGACUUGAUAUCGUCGUGAAAUCGAGACACAAACGAGGGAGCUCUGAAAAGUAGCAUGUGAGAAUUUCUACGUGAGAGAGAGACACCUUGUUCGCGAGAAUACUAUUCUCUAAGAAAUAUCCAUGGAUACCGCAGACUUAGAUGUCAUCAUACGUCAUCACAGAACGAUCAUCCAUCUGGAUGUCGAUUGCUUCUACGCUCAGGUAGAGAUGCUCAGACAUCCGGAAUUGGAGGGCAAACCAUUGGGAGUGCAGCAGAAAAAUAUUGUCGUCACCAGUAAUUAUCUGGCAAGGGAAUUUGAAAUAAAAAAAUGUAUGCCGGUGCAAGAGGCGUUAAAGUUAUGUCCACAGCUGGUCUUGGUGAAUGGAGAGGACCUAACCAACUAUCGCCAUUAUUCGACAAAGGUGUCUGAAAUUCUCCAUCAGUUUACACCAUUAGUCGAAAGAUUGGGCUUCGAUGAUAACUUCAUCGAUGUGACAUCGAUGGUGGAAAAGCAGCUUAAAUCACAGAAUGAUUCAGAGCUUGAAAUGAGUAGCUUGAGCACGGAUGAGGCCUUAAAGGAGUCAAGUAGUAAAAUAUUUGGUCCCUCAGAGGAGGAAUGCCCAUGUGGUUGUCAUUCGCGUUUGAUGCUUGCUUCCAAAAUAGCAGCUAACAUAAGGAGCCGUAUUUACGAAGAAUUGCAUCUCACUUGCAGCGCUGGCAUAGCACAUAAUAAGCUCUUGGCCAAAUUGGCGGGCUCCCUGAACAAGCCGAAUCAGCAGACCCUGAUAUUUCCGUGCAGUGGUCCGAUGUUGCUCUCUACGACUGGCUCAGUAUCGAAGAUACCUGGUGUUGGACAAAAAACCAUGGAAUUACUGCUGUCCAAUAAUAUAAGAACGGUGGACGAUCUGCGCAGGAUACCUCUGGAAAAUCUGGAAUUGAAAAUUGGCGUCGACUUAGCAAGAAGAUUGAAAGAUAACGCGGAAGGUAUUGAUGAAACGGUGGUAAAACCGUCUGGGAAAAAGCAGUCCAUAGGUCUGGAGGAUGGAUUUAAGAGCGUGUCACUGGUGGCCGAGGUAGAGUCGCGUUUGGGUGCACUGUUGAGGAGAUUAACGGAGUUAGCGAUGGAGGAUGGUAGGAUUCCUAUUGCUGUGAGAAUAACGGUGAGGAAGCAUGAUUUGAACAAGCCCACUUCUGGCAAGAGGGAGACCAGGCAGUGCGCCCUGCCGAAACAUCUCUUACCGUCUACAAAGACCGGCAUGUACGACCACAGCAAGAUGCUGGCGCUCGCUAUGAAGUUGUUCCAUCGAGUGGUCGAUGUCUCCAAACCGUUCCACCUGACGCUGCUGGGAGUCGCAUUCACGAAAUUCGAAGAAAGAUCCUCUGGUAGGAGCAGCAUCACGUCCUUCUUGCGCAAGCAGGUCGCUGUUCAUUCCGUUCUAGACAUCAGUUCUGAGGAAGGUAUUUCAGACACGAACCUAGGAUCGCCGAUGAGUAUUAAUCAGGACAGCAAUGAUGGCUCGGAUCAGUCAACUACGAGCUUGAUGAGUACAUCCGCUUCAAGUCUGUCAUGCUCGCCUAUCUCCAAGCUAUCGAGCAUGGCAAGUCAGAACUUCGAGGAUGAUUUGCAAAGUGAGAUAGAACCACUACCGAAGAAGACCAAGCUGGAAGUGUGGCUGAGCGGUCGCCGAGAGUCGCCAAGCACCGAGAUGGCUGAUCUCAGAUUAAGCCCUUCGUCGCCCAUGCAAUUAUCACCUACAGUGGACACCAAGUCCUUCAAGUCUCUGCCCAUCGAGAGGAGGGAGGCUACUCGUUCCUGGCCAACAACCAGCAAACCAAAACCAAACAAUAUACUUAAAUACUUCAUAGCCAAUAAGUGACGGAGCUCUGUGACCUAGUAUUGAAUGUCGUUACUUUUGCGUAUGCAUUUCAAUUAGUAACAUUAAAUGCCAGCACCGUGCCCACUGUUACAUGGGAUGCAACUAAUAAUUGCCUUGUAUAAAUCUCUAAUUUCUCUAUUUUUUUGCAUUUUUUCCAUGUUUUAAUUCCUCAAACCGCAUUAAGCGACAAAAGCAGAUAUAUCUGUGUUUAUGUGCAUGUAAUAUCUUUUUUAUCUAAGUUUCUUUUAUGUGUAUGCAAUUUCAAGACGAUUCAAUAUUGAUGAAACUGCAGCAUAACGCAAGAUCACGUUUUAUAAUGAUAAUCUAUAUUAUUUCCAUAUUACUUCUGAAAGUAUCAAUAGAAAAGUAAUUGCAUUUACAAUUUACAUUUUUCGAUAUUUUUUCAGUAUAUAUUUUGAAAAAAGUAUUACAUAAUAUUUCGCAGUUCUAUCACAGUUAAUGAAAAUAUUUGGGAGGAUCAUUAUACGAAUAAUUCUGAAUCUUUUUUCUACAUUUUUAUUCACUGACUCUUAUUCUUCAUUUUAUUGCAGUACAAUAUUAAUUUAUUAUUCAAUAUCAAUAUAUAAUAUAUACACACACACACACGUAUAUAUGUAUAUGUAUAUGUAUAAUUUUUCAUACAAACAUAAUAUUUUAGAAAAAGUGAGUUAUAUAAAAUUUAUUGAAGGAUUUCGAUUGAGCAACGAAUAUUGAGAUAUAUCUAAUGUCUUGUACAUAAGUAAAACAAGGUGUUGACAUUUAAUGUUAUGAGAAAACUCUCGUUGAACAAAUAAUUAUAUAAUUUAAAAUCGUAAAAAAAUCUAUUUUUAGUACUGUUAAAUGUUAUGAUAACCACGGGUAGAAAUCGAUACUGACUUUUGAUAUGGAUUCAUUUUUUGAUAUCACAGGCACGUGGAAGAAAGCCUCAAAUGCAUUGCAUUUUUCAAUACUGUUGCAUUCCUAUUACGAUAAUAAAAAUAGAGGUCUUGGUGCAUCAACACUCUACAGGAUCAAAAUUUGAAUCCACAGUUGAUGAAAUAUCGCUUUCAACCCCAGUUUAAACACGGGAUUAGAUAUUAAGCGACAUAUAUCACUUAAAGAAAAUACUCAAUUAUUCCUACCGGAAUUGGCUACUGGUUUGGAGCUCUAUUAAAGAUAUAGUGUAUAAAUAUAUAUGUGAUUAUCGGGGAGAUGUACUAGACAAUCAUAAGGUUUUAAUGCCGCUUCAGUAUGGUACACGGUGAUUCACAUUAUACACACAUAUGUUAAAUAUAUAUAAAUAUAUAUCGAACACGUCGCGAAAGCACACUAUCCAUUGCUGAAUGCGCGACGCAAGACAUCAUUCACGAGAAUUACACACGGUUUUACUUUUUACAGAUACUUAAAGAACACUUGUUACAUGCGGACAAAUUAGCCUGCAAAUAAUAAACUGAAACAUUGUAGCUUUUGUAUUUGCGAUAUAGAAUAUUCACGAAGGUUGCUUAUAUUGUUUAAAAAAAGGAAGAAAAGAAUGAGAGAAAAAGGUAGAAAGAGAAGGAGAGCGAGAGAGAGAGAGAGAGUGUAAAAGAAUAAACGAAAAGCAUAAAGCAUGAGAUAAAGGCUACCAAGCCUGUCUAUUUUUAUUUAUUUACAAUAUAAACAAAAUGGUGUAGUCUUUUUUAUUUUAAACUUCUGGUUGUGAGUAUAUUCAUAUUUUAUAUAGACUUGUUUAGGCGGGAAUGCAGCAUUGCGAAACUGUGUGCACUCAUCAACGUCAUGGUCGAGAACAAACAUAGAACUUUGCGUCUGGAAUAACAAUGCGUCGGAUAUCAACACGAGAGUAUUCCAACUGCGUACGAUGAUGAAAUUGACUUUGACUUUUCCAGAUGAUAGUGCGACAUUGCGGCUUGCAUUACUUCCGACUCAUUUCAAUAAAAAAAACUCUGAGUUGAACA